GGAACUUCCUUGUUGUCAAAAGAGAAUUGAUGCUGUGAUUUUAGCUAGCUAAAUAACUUCAAAGUUGGCUAGCUACCCAGUUUACUGCAAUAAUAAUUGUAAUCUCUCCGUGCGGCAAACUGCCAGAUUUUAAACCAAGGUAUUUGUUUUAUCGUAUCAAGCUAGCUACGUUAACUUGAGGGUAACUUUGAUGCGAUGUUGACGAAUAUGCUUGAGCUGGUUAUUUAGCUCAUCUUUCUAACGUUACUUAUUUGACAUUUAUUUUUGUGCUAUUGCAGGUUUUCGCGUAUUCGAAAUGGGGAAAGGAUGCAAAGUUGUGGUGUGUGGUUUGGCAUCUGUAGGAAAAACAGCCAUCCUUGAACAGCUGUUAUAUGGCAAUCACGCAGUUGGUAAGUUGAUAACUGUGAAUUGACUGUACAUUUGAACUUGGCUGUACUUGAGAGAUUAGCACUGUAUAAAAUGUGCUUGUAGUGUUAAAAGGGAAUUUGCAUUGGACACUAGUCUGGAAUGUCCAGUUAUUGGGAGCAAAACAAUGUUCUGCACUUCUUUCACAACACAACUUUUGCAGAUGAAAUCUGUAACUAAGUUUAUGCGUGGCGUGAUAUGAAGGUGAAUGGAAGACCAUGCAUGGUCUGGGGUAAAACAGAGAACUACUAAAGACCGUCCGGCAUGGUGUGGGCUUGUUGUGGCCAAAGGAAACCAAUGCAUACUAUAGAAUAUAGAUACUGUUUUUCACCGAGAGUUGAGUGAGCACUGCCUACCUACCAGACAGUUGUGUUGAACACAACCAUUGAAUUCCAUUGUCUCCUGUCUGUUGCAGGUUCAGAGUCCACUGAGACCCAGGAGGAUGUGUAUGUGGCGUCGGUGGAGACAGACCGCGGUGUGAAGGAACAGUUACGUCUCUAUGACACCAGGGGGCUCCACGACGGCCUGGACCUUCCCAAGCACUACUACUCUGUGGCAGACGGCUUUGUGCUGGUCUACAGUGUGGACAGCCUGGAGUCCUUCAAGAAGGUGGACGUCCUGAAGAAGGAGAUAGACAAAUCCAGAGACAAGAAAGAGGUAAUGGGGAUUGUGAUUGAUUGAAACUCUCCCUAAGGGUUGGUAAGUGUGUGUGGUUUUGUUUAAAUUUUAGUCAAGUGAGCCAGGUUUCGUUUAUUGUUUUGGCCAUAGACAGCUAAUCAAUCAAAUGUAUUUAUAAAGCCAUAUUUACAUCAGCAGUUGUCACAGUGCUUUUAUUCUAACCUGUCCUAGACCCCAAAGAGCAAGCACAGUGGCCAGAAUAAAAAAAACAACCUAUAAACAGAAAUCAGAAAAUUUUUUACAUUUACAUUUUACAUUUUAGUCAUUUAGCAGACGCUCUUAUCCAGAGCGACUUACAGUUAGUGAGUGCAUACAUCUUCAUACUGGCCCCCCGUGGGAAACGAACCCACAACCCUGACAUUGCAAGCGCCAUGCUCUACCAACUGAGCUACAGGGGACAAUUAUAACCUUAUACUAUUGUUGUUGAGUUUAGUUGGAGUGUCCCCUCUUCCUCCAGGUGAUGGUGAUCGUGCUAGGGAACAAGACGGACCUGCGUGAGCUUCGUCAGGUGGAGCAGGAGGCAGCGCAGCAGUGGGCGCGGGGGGAGAAGGUCAAGCUAUGGGAGGUCAGCGUCACUGAGAGGAACUCUCUCAUCGAACCCUUCACCAUGCUCACCAGCCGCCUCACACAGCCUCAGAGCAAGUCUGCCUUCCCUCUUCCAGGACGCAAGAGCAAGGGCACGCCGUCCAAUGACAUCUGAACUGAACUCAACCUCGAGCGCACCUAAGUACUUCAGGGUGGGAGAUAUGUCACGGAGUAGGAUCGAUGAGUUAGCCAGCCAACUUAGAUUCAUAUUCUGACUUCAUAUCAAGAUAGAUCGCCAUGAAAUAUGGGCAUAGACAUAGUAACUGACUCGACAACCAACAACCCAUAUUAUAUUCCCUUUCCCUUAAAAUAAAGCUUUUUUUAAAUGAACUAGCAAAUCAAGAGAUGCAUCUUAAUGUUUAUCAAAGUAAGCUGGCUAAAUUGGUAAGCCUGCUUUGUGGUAUCAUACACCCCUAUGGUUUCAGUGUUCCCCGUCCUAUUGGAGGGCUAAAGUAGCCACUUUACAGCAAGGUCUAGGCCCAUAUAAUGUGCCUUUGGAGUGAGGCAUAUUACUACCUAGUGUGUAUGGCCUAUUACCACUUUACUACCUAGUGUAUGGCCCAGUAGCAAUAUAUAUUUUUUAAAAUGGUACUACCUUGAUCAGGUCUGUUGCUCAUGUCUGUGAUUAUCAAAUGUCUGUUUCAUCAGUUGUCCCCUAAAUGGUUGUUUUAGUGUAUUUGUUAAAUACAAAACCUGUGUAUUUUAUUUUCUUUGUACAUGUUUGAGAACGUUUUUAUUGACCUAAUUUAUUUGUCACUUUACUAAACUUAAAUUCCUAGUGGGUAGGAAUGGGAUAAAAUGUAGGACAGAAUUGUCUGAAUGAAAUGUAUUUCUGAAUUGUUGUGAAGAGAAUGUGGAUUCUGUAGUGCGUCCAAAUAAUAUAUCCUUUCUCCUGAAGUGUACACUC